GGACCUAACACCCAGGGGGCGGGCUUCCGGCGACGAGAAUGGCGCCCGCCAUGCUGGUGCUGGUGCGUGCUCCGUGGCCGGCAGCCCGCGGACUCCUCUGGAACCGUUGGGAACGACUGCGGCUGAAACUUCGGCAGAGCUGGCGAGGCUUCCCCAGGUCGCCGUGGGGACCAGCAUUGGCAAUCCAAGGUCCAGCUGUAUUUACAGAACCAACAGAUGAUACCAAUGGAAGUAAGGAGAUCUCCAGCCUUUGGGAUAGUAUCUUUUGGAUGGCAGCUCCUAAAAACAGACGUAGCAUUGAAGUUAACCGCUGUAGGAGAAGAAACCCUCAGAAGCUUAUUAAAAUUAAGAACAAUAUUGACAUGUGUCCUGAAUGUGGUCACCUGAAACUGAAGCACGUCCUUUGUGGCUAUUGCUAUGAGAAGGUGUGCAAGGAGACAGCAGAAAUCAGAAGACAGAUAGGGAAACAAGAGGGGGGACCUUUCAAGGCUCCUCCCGUGGAGACUGUGGUGCUGUACGCAGGAGAGGCAGCAUCCGAACAAGAUCGGGGUAAGAGAAUCAUUGAACGAGACAGGAAGCGACCUUCCUGGUUCACCCAGCAUUGACCAAAGGUGUUCGAAGAGGAAAACUGCAUAGAAGACACUUGUCCUGGAAGAGAGGAAGAUGCUUUGUUUUUAUGUUGGUUUUCUGCUUGUUCUAAAAUCACCAAUAUAGUUUAAAACAU